AUGUAUUCACUGGCAUCACAUAGAGGAGCGAUUGUUGCGAAUUAUUUUCGUAAUCAAUCGUAUGAUUUAAUUACUGUCGGCAGUCGUGGAUUAGCGAAUUUAUGGAGUUGCUCUCUGACGGCUGGCGAUCUGGUGAGCGGCGUUUGCAAUAGUGAAACAUCAGAUGAAGUCAAGAAAAUGCUUUAUGAUAAAAGUGAACGGCGCAAUCUUUUCGACGACCUGAGCGGUAACAGCUCCCAAGGAGUAGACGUAUCGGCAUGCACAUAUCAUUCGCCAACGAAUCUCCUCGUGACAGCGUUCACCAAUGGUGUUUUCCUGCUUCAUGAGCUACCUUCGUUCAGUCUUAUACAUAGUUUAAGGAUAUCAGAAUUGGAAGUGAUGAGUAUGAAUGUGAAUAAGAGUGGAGAUUGGAUUGCGAUUGGAUGUGGGAAGGGGAGUGAUGCACAGCUGGUGGUUUGGGAGUGGCAGAGCGAA